UGUAUUUAAAUAAACUUCAUUGCUUCAGUUGUUCAGUGUUAAUUUGAGAUUAAUAAAACGAACAGCACACAUACAUUAACACAACAUUUAUAUAAACAAUUCGAUUUAAUUAUAAAAUUCAAAUAACUGAUUAAAGGUUAAAGUUCAACAACAUUAUCAUUGAGCACAAUAUAAAAUGAAUACAGAAACACGUCACAUUACAUAGGAAAAUGUCGGUAAAAGUAGCGUUAUUAGCAAUAAUCGCACAAUGUUCUUUGGCAAUGAGUGUAGUUGACAUAAAAUGCGUCCAAUCUAACCAAAAGCUUUUUAAUAAUGCAAAUCUCAUUGGAAAAUGGUAUGUUAUGAUAAAUUUCAAUCCAGCUAUAACUAUAGAUUACUGUUAUUGUCCCACAUUAGAAUUUACUAAAGCUUCAACAGAAGACUUGUUGAAAUACAGAGAGUCAUUGAAUGAAAGUGUACCGUAUUCGAUCGAAGAUGAUCCGAUUAUAGUGAAUGGUUCUAAAAAUGUAAUAAACGGUGCAUUAUUUGGAAAUAAAGAAGCUAAAUUCUACGUUUUAUCGCCGAAUUCACCUAUGCGUCAAGCCGACGGUUACACAGCACAGGUCUAUAAAGAGAUUAAUGAUAAUUAUAUAUUAUAUUACGACUGUAAAUUGAGAAGGAAUUUUAUGAAACUCCUCAGCAGAAAAAGGGAAGUUGAUAAACAAGAAUUGGAAAAGCUGAUAGCUAACAUUACAGAUGUCAAAUAUUUGUAUAGAGAAGUGUUAUGUAGAAAUUACAAUUGCCACUUUGGAAUCUAAGCAAAUUGGAAUACAGGAAAGAGUAAUAAUCACUGUUCUAAUUUUAAUAUAUUGUAAAACAUAUUUUCGUUCUUUUUUUCUUCGUUAAUUGCUGUAACUCAAAAAUAUUUGAUCAUAUACCUAAUAAAACUUACUAAGUAACAGAGUAUAUAAUAGGAAACUAAAUAGAAAACAUAAAAAAGUAAAGAAAUUACUUAAUACAUAAAUUAAAAAAAAAACUAGACAUAUAUUUUUUAUUCGUAGUAAUCCUAUGGUGCUAACUUUCUGAUAUAUU